CCUAACAGCUCAACAUGUAGUCAGAAAAUUUUCAAAAGUUAGCGUACCGGAAGUCAGAAAAUAUUAUGAGGAUAAUUUUCAAGCUUCAAUGGUUACUUCUGUUCCAUGUAAUUGACGGCGUAGCGCGGUCGUAUACGGGCAGACACAACUCGAGAGAAGGUAACACAUGUACGCCUCGGUUGAGACCAAGAGUGUAUAAAUGGGCUUGUAAAGAUAUUCUUAGCUGUGAAAAUGAUAAAGAUUGCACGGGAUCAAAUGAAAUCUGUAUAUGCGACGAAGAUUGUGGAAAAUUAUGCCGAAAUCCACUUGCUGCUUGUACAUCAGGAGGUUGUGGGACUGGAACUUGUGAAAAUGGUAAAUGCAGCUGUCCGCAUGGAAUGACUGGUAGCAUGUGUGAAAAAGACAUUAAUGAAUGUGAUAUUAAACCUGAUAUAUGUCAGAAUAGUGGAAGUUGUCACAAUGAAGAGGGUUCAUACAGAUGCACUUGCAAUGCUGGCUUCAGUGGAAAGAACUGUUCAAUAAACAACGAUGAGUGUGUUACGCAAAAUGGUACAACAAACUGUAAAAAUAAUGGCACAUGCAUGGAUGGAGCUGGCAAAUACACUUGUAAAUGUGUGGAUCCAUUUACAGGCAUUCAUUGUGAGGUAAUAAAUGAGUGUAUUCAAAAGAAAAAUAUUUGCAACAAUGGUAUUUGUGACAUAAACAAUAAUGGAUCAGCAAACUGCAGAUGUCAUCUGGGGUAUACUGGCAUGUACUGUGAAAGUGAUAUUGAUGAGUGUACUGUGACUCCAUCACCAUGUGAUAGCAGUGUUUCUGAUUGUACAAACACGCCUGGAUCAUAUAGGUGUGUCUGUAAAGAAGGCCGUACAGGUUUCCACUGUGAUCAACAGAUUAAUUAUUGUAAAAGUGAUACAUGCCAAAAUGGAGGGACUUGCCAAAAUUACAGGACUACAUUUAAUUGCUUGUGUAAAGGAGGAUUCACUGGCAAAUAUUGUGAGACGAAAGUAAAUGAAUGUUUGAGCGUGCCUUGCAAAAACGGAGGACAGUGCGUUGAUCAGGACAGUUCUUAUCGCUGCAAAUGUCCAAGUGGAUACACUGGAACAAACUGCGAUACUGAGUUGGAUAAUUGUUUAAGUCGUCCAUGUCAAAAUAACGCAACUUGUAAAACUAUAGGUGGCACUUUCAAAUGCACUUGUACACCUGGGUUCACUGGCUCGAAUUGUAGCAUUGAUAUAGAUGAAUGCCUUUCAGCGAACUGUCAGAACAAUGCCACUUGUAUCAACGGUAUUGACAAAUACACAUGUUUAUGUGCAUCAGGAUUUAAUGGUACAUUUUGUCAGAACGAUAAAGAUGAAUGUGAAUUAAAUCCAUGUCAAAAUAAAGGGAACUGCACUAAUACACAUGGAAGUUAUAAUUGUGAUUGUCCGUUAGGUUUCACAGGUCAAGAUUGUGAAAAAGACGUGGAUGAUUGUGCCAGUGUCAAAUGUCUUAAUGAAGGGAUAUGCAAGGACAUGUUAAACAAUUUCACUUGUAUCUGCCAUCCUGGCUUCAGGGGGGAACUUUGUCAAGAAGAUAUUAAUGAAUGUGAAGCUCAGCCCUGUAAGAAUGAAGGGAUUUGUGUAGAUGGUGUUGCUGGGUACACUUGUCAGUGUAACAAGAAAUGGACAGGCAAGAACUGUACGAUUCCGAAUGACAGCUGCCAAACACACUUUUGCGAAAAUGGGGCGACUUGCGUGAUCAAUGGAAGCUCAUAUUUAUGUAAAUGUUCCCCGGGAUUCACUGGAAAAUACUGUAAGAUCAAUAUCAACGAAUGCUCGUCAUCUCCUUGUCAACAUGGUAGCUGUGACGAUGAUGUGAAUGACUAUCGUUGCAAAUGCGAGCCAGGAUGGUCGGGAAAGAACUGUGAUGUCGCUAUUGAUUAUUGUAAACAUAAAUAUUGUUACAAUAACGGCACUUGUAAGAAUGGAAAGCUAAAGGCAUCCUGCGUUUGUCCUGUUGGAUUCUAUGGAGUAUUUUGUGAAUAUUUAGACGAUUUAUGUAAAACUCAGCCCUGUCAAAAUCAAGCAACUUGCGUCAAUGGAAUCGGGUCCUACAGUUGUUAUUGUAUGUUUGGAUACGAAGGUCACAAUUGCGAGAAACAAAUUGAUUGGUGUGCCAGGAAACCUUGCAAAAACAAUGCGAAAUGCAUUACUGAAGGGAAGGGAUUUAAUUGUCAUUGUCCAAAAAACUACACAGGGACAUUGUGUCACGUCAAAAACUGGCUGUGCUCUGAUGCUAACAAAUGCAAAAAUGGGGGCACGUGCGUUGAACGGAGUACAUACUCUACCUGCACCUGCAAGCCAGGAUUCACAGGGUAUUAUUGUGAGAUAGACAUUGAUGAUUGUGCUGGUGGUCCUUGCAAACAUGGCGCAAAAUGUUUGGAUGGGACUCAAAACUACACUUGCAAAUGUUUUCCUGGUUUUACUGGCAGAAACUGCGAGAUAAACAUCAAUGAAUGCGCGUCUAAUCCUUGCAAGAACAAUGGUCAGUGCAUUGAUCUGAUUAAUGAAUACGCUUGUCAUUGCCGCAGCGGCUGGGUUGGAAAAAAUUGCACCGAGAAUCCGAACGAUUGUAGUAACGAUACUUGUUUGAAUGGUGGGGUUUGUGAGGAUGGAUUGAAGGAUUUCAAGUGCAAAUGUAAACCUGGCUUCACUGGAAAGAGAUGCGCGGAAGAUGUUAACGAGUGUUCGCUUGACCAAUGUUCGCCAGAAGGAACUGAGCGGUGCAUUGAUCUUCACAAUGAUUAUUACUGUAAAUGUAAACCUGGUUAUACAAAACGAACGUGCUCGUUUGAUAUCAAUGAAUGUUUAAGUGACCCAUGUUUGAACGGAGGUAUUUGUAGGAAUGAAAUUGGGAGAUAUGUCUGCGAGUGCCCGUACGGAAAGAGUGGAAUAAACUGCGAAAAACAGGUUUCAAGUUGUGCAGAUCGGCCGUGUAUGAAUGAUGGAUCUUGUCAAGAUAUUCAGAAUCAUUACAACUGUACGUGCCAAAAGGGAGUCUCAGGACGGCAUUGCGAGUUCAAUAGAAACGAUUGUACGUCAAAGGCAUGUGAGAAUGCAGCAAGGUGUAUUGAUGGCUACGGUGAUUAUACGUGCGAAAACUGCAAACCUGGUUAUAGUGGGAAGAAAUGUCAGCUUAAGAAGAAAUGCAAGCUGGCUUGCGCGAAUGGGGGAAAGCUUGAUGAAAAUCAAUGUCGGUGUGUGUGUAAAGAUGACUUCACUGGUGAGAGAUGUGAAAGAAAGGACUCAUCCUGUCCUUACAGCUGUCCGCAAGAAUUUAAUGUCAAUGCUGAUUGCAAUAAUAAAUGCAACAUCGAAAAGUGCGAAUUUAUGUCCGGAUCGUGUUCGUUAGAUCGCAAUCCUUGGAAUGAUUGUGGCAUUAAAAAUUGUUCUCGGUUAUUCAACAAUAAUGGGACCUGUAAUCCAGUGUGUAACAACCCAAACUGUAUGUUUGAUGGCUUUGAUUGCGAUGGUCCUGUAACGCCUUGCAGUGACGUAGCACGAUGCUCAAAGAAACUUGUUGAUGGGGUUUGUGACCAGAGUUGUGACUCGUUAGGAUGUGCUUAUAGCGGCCUGAACUGUGAUAAUUCACCUCCUCAACUGCUCAAAGGUGUGUUGGUAUUAUGGUUACGAGUGAAGGUGGAUGAAUUCAAGAAAAACAAGGGGACGUUCUUGUUGGAACUUUCAGUUAUUCUUAGAACCGUUGUAUCCAUCAAGUCGAUUGAAGAAAUUGAGGAUAUUGGGAGUGUAAAGCGCAAGAGGAGAUCAGUGUUUAGAUUCAAGCGUGAUUCCGAGAGUGGCUCAGGAACAAAGGUAAAACUCCAAGUUGACAACAGAAAGUGUACAAAAAAUUGUUUCAACUCAAAUGAACAGGUUGCAAAUUACCUGGCCGGUCGGAAAACUAAAGGCACGUCUCUUCCAGGCGAACCGUUCAAAAUAGGAACGGAGAAUCCUGGUGAUGAAAAACCUCCAGAAUCAAUGAGUCCUUUGUUUAUUGCCAUUCUAUGCGUGACUAUUCCUCUCAUUGUUGUUGGUGUUCUCGUCGGUGGCAAGAGAGUCUUUGCCAAGCUUUGGUUGCCCGAAGGUUUCCCGACACGUCACGUCAGGCGCCGAUCACAACGUCGGGACCCGGUUGGAGAGGAUUCGGCCGAAAAGAGCUCUGUGAGUAAAAGCAGUUCAUCAGAAGAGAUUGCAGAUGAUGCAUACGACCAACAGCAAUACGCUGGCGCUCGUCCACCUAAGCGUUUCAAACUUAUCGAAUCUGAUGGGCCAAUGAGAAUCGCGAAUCCAAAAGACAACCGACAAUGGACGGCGAUUCAUAAAGAAGUCGCGAACGUAAACAAUAGAACUCUCUCCAGUCUCUCAGUACUUACGCCACCUCAAGAAGGUCAGGAGUGUGCGACCCCUCAACAUUCUGAUGUGAAUGCUGUGGGACCUGGAGGCAUCACCCCCCUGAUGUUGGCAGCGUCCAGAGGGAAUUAUCUCGAUGGUACUUAUGAAGAUGAUAAUAGUGAUGAUAGCGGGGCGCACGUCGUCGGAGAGUUGAUUCAGUUUGGCGCGGGGCUGGAGUCGCGGUCUGAUGAUUCAAAGGAGACGCCACUGCACUUUGCCGCGAGACACGCGCGUGCAGAUGCCGCUAAGAGGUUGCUCGAUGCUGGUUCUGACGCCAAUGCACGUGAUAGAACUGGCAGGACUCCUCUUCAUUUAGCUGUGACUGCUGAUGCACAGGGAGUAUUCCAGCUUUUGCUCCGACAUCGUACAACGGAACUUGACGCUCAGUCCGAUGAUGGAACGACGCCUUUGAUCUAUGCCGCUCGAUUCAUGGUCGACGAUAUGGUCGAAGAUUUGAUUAAAGCGGGAGCGAAAGUGAAUUUAACCGAUAAACAAGGCAAGACAGCUCUACAUUGGUCAGCUUCAGUGGAUAAUGAGAGAUCAACAGCUCUUCUUCUCAAGAAUAAUGCAAAGAAAGACGCCCAAGACUCGAAAGGUCAGACUCCAUUAUUCCUCGCAUCAAAGGAAGGCAGUGCAUCCGUGGUCAAAAUGCUUCUAUCUUCAUUCGCCAAUCGGAAGCUAGCUGACAACAUGGAUCAAUCGCCAUUGGACAUUGCUAAGCAACGAGAACACGCUGAUAUUGUUAAGCUACUCUCUGAUUGGUCAAUUGGCUGUAAAUCUCCCACCGCUGCCCCGGCACCGACUUCCCCUCACGAAGACAUGUCUCCACUUGCCGCCAGAACACUUUCACCACCCGAUGUGAGGCCUAAAACGAACGGAAGCCCUGGGAUUGCAGGGCGUCCAGAAACCCAUCCGAAACCUAAUAGAAAAAAGCGUAGAAAAUCACGAAACGACAGCGAAAGUCAACAACCCGUGCACGUUGCUAUGCUGGUUAGUAAUAGUCCUAGCAAUAGCACCUCGCCUAGACAAGGGUUAUCACCGUUCAGCAAUAAUAGCUACGGUGGAAGUGUCAGCCCACCAAAUUCGACCUUAUCACCACCGCUUCAACACAUGGACAAUAUGAUGUCACCACUUCGAGAUUCGGACCCAAUCCAUGGCGGCAUCCCGGACGCGGAUUUCUACUCGUUCGCUGAAGAGAUUGGUGGCUAUGUCAACCAACCUUGCGACGAAACGUUGAGUCCGGAGUUUUUGAAUAUCGAGAAUGCCGUUGAUCUAGCGGAUCUUACCAUGCUGUUCAAUAACCCCAAUAACCAACAAGCAGGAAACCAGGACUGUUUAUACGCGAGUCAGUACCCCCCUGAAAAUGUUAUUUUGCCCAAUGGUGUGGAUAAUCCGGCUCGUUUGCGUCAAAGGGCACAAGGACCACCUACAAAAACCUGGGUGCAAUCGCCGUCCGAAGUGACUGCUUGGAACUCAAUGUGUAAUAACGGGCCGAUGAAGCAACUUGCGCCUACAGUACAAAUGAAUGGCGUUUAUCACCAUCGUGGGCCAAGGAACCGUGAUCGUCAAUACCAUAAUUCCCCGUAUGAACUGUCACCAACGUCUAACUCGCCUGAUGGACAAUGGUGUUCAUCCUCAUCACGAUCGUCGAACUCAGAUUGCUCGACCUGCUAGCUAGUGAGUGAUCUAAAAAGCCUGAUUAACAGGUUAAUGGUUAGCACUUCAGGCACCUAUAGCGCCCGGAGGGCAAGACUAAGGUUAGCUUGUAACAACGUCAUGGCACACAACAAAGUCUGCAUUUCUCAUUGUUUCCUGGCAAGGUUAGAUUCGGUCAACUGACAACUUUCUAUCUUUAAUACCUCAAAACCUUAGGUAUUUUCGUCCCUUCUCAGGAAUUAUGCAUCCUUGUUGUGUGGCCUGAUAAGUAAAUAUCAAGUCACGAUUCGUCUCCGAGGAUAUACGAAAAAUUUACCAAAAUUGAAAAUUGUGUAUUCUCGCCGACCAAUCUCUAGUUUUAAAUGUCUAUUGCAGACAGUGUACAUUAAAAUAACAAAAACGAAUCUGGAUUCGUUUAUUCACUCCUUUGAAGUGAACGUCAUGAAUGACUGAACAAUAUAUCCCCAUAUAUUCUUUGCAUCUUGCGCUGUAAGAACAAGAUAAUAUAUUUUUGCUGUACUAUUUAACUUAAAGUUUAAUUUUAUGUAAAUAUUUAAUGGUGUAAGGUAGCGAUAUAUACCUCAUUUUUACCCUCUAAAGGUACUUUGCUAGUAAUUUUUCAAGGUCGAAUUUAAGUGCAUUUACCGUAUCAUGCCAUCUAACAUGCCAUUUUUGGAGUAGUUUUCAGAAUCACUCCUUGUACUUUGUACUAUAAACUUUAAUGCACGCAUGCGUAUUUAUAAUCUAUUUGCCUUUAGUUGGGUAAACAAGUAGAGAGGUAUAUACACGUAGUAGCGCUAUUUGCUGCUAUUUUAUCAAUUCAAUUCUACUUCGUAAGUAAUGUAUAUUCGUAUAUUACGGUCUAGUAUAUAGAAUUUUUAGAAUAAAAUU